AUGACGCCCUAUUGCAGCGCAAGCGUUCAAGUUCUGGGUGCCGCGGCUGCUGAGCGGAAAGCUGAGCAGGUGGACAGAGGCUUCGAUGGCAACCUGGCGGCUGUAGCGGCGCUGUCAGAUGCGCCAGCAAAUGCUACAACCUUGGCCGAUUUACUAGUGACCGAGUUCGUGGAAGGAAACACCCCUGCUAUCAAGGUUCCCAUCAAGUACAUUGGGGUACGUUUUGUGAAGCCCAGCACUGCUGAAAUAAAAGUUCAGCAGUUUCCAUGCAUUUUUCCGCAUGAUUUGGCGGUGGAGCUGUGGCGUCUGGGUGAGCCGUAUUUCCGGUAUUUCUUCCUGGGUGAUCAGGACGCGAGCAGCCUGUGGAAUCAUGUGGAGAAAACGACUUGGGGUUCCCGCAUUCUUGCAGAUUUCCAGGGUGAUCGUUCCAAACUUAUUCCCAUCACGUUCUAUGGGGACGAAAUUUAUACGUACAAGAACAGUGAGUGUGGGGUGGUGGCUGUGCUGGCCUGGGCUACGGAUUACCUUACAGCCGACAGAGGGCCCUUGGAACGAUACUUCACGAUAGCCGGCUUUGCGCAAUAUUUGGAGUGCGAACACACGUGGCCAGACUUGAGCGAAGAGCUGGCCAAAAGUUUCCGCGCUUUGGUAUCACGAGAUGAUUGGCCAUGGUGCCAGGAAGGGUACAAGUUUUCAUUCAGCUCGGUCACUGGCGACCUCAAAUGGGUGAAAGAACGAUUCCAGAUGCACGACUAUAACGCCAACGAGUUCUGCUCGUACUGCAACGUGGUGAAGCGGGACCUGAGUGGAAGACUGGAGAACACUUUGAGUGAUUUCAGAACAACUGCAGCGCACAUGCAAGUUCGCAUCACGCACGAGGACUACAUCGAGGCUACAGCUCCAGAGGACACGUUUUCUUUUCGAUUCCUGGCUUUCGCUACGACCGUGUCCUUCAUGAUCCGCUUCACAGCCAGCGCUGCCUCCAAGGCAUUGUCGUUUUGGUUGGCCGAUGAAGCAACAGCUUUUGCAAGCAGACCGGAGGCUACCGACUUGGACAAGGAAUGCGCCAAGUGCAUGGUGACGUACACGGCAAUGCUGCGCAUGUUGGAUGCUGAGGCUGCUGCAGAGGUACAAAGUUCUCUUUGGAAUGAUGAUGCGUAG